ACCCUACACUUACCCUUGUGUAUCACUAACUGCUGGCAAACAAUAUAUGCAAGGCUUAGCCAGCGCCUGUGAACGAGUCAAUCACUAGCCCGGCUGCGAGCCCUUCCCGCAAAAGGUCUUGCUUGGCAAUGGUUCAUUUAGCGGCUUAAGCGUCAUCGGUGGCAUUAUUGGUAGCGUCCUGGCGCCGGCCGAGAACUGCGAAUUGCGGUGACCUCACCGACAAUUCGUCGUUAGCGGACUGAUCCGAUUGUAGGAGGCAUUAGGCUGCAUAUGAAGUUGCAUUCGAGGCAAGCAUGGGAGGUUGCUUAAGCGGGCCGAAGGAUUCUGGCGGGGCGGUUGCCCCGCCAGCGCCCGGCCCUCAAUCUAAGCAGCAAGCUUUGCCUUCUCAAGCGGGAGCUGCUACAGGAGCAAACAAGGCCGACGGGUUAGCGUCAGGCAGUGGCGCGACCGGCGCUCGUGACAAUGGCGCCCCAGCCCCAGCCGAAGGUAGCGCUGGCCGAGCGGAAGGGGACACCCCAGGACCCGGGCCCGGCCCUCCAGCGCCAGCAGCGCCCGCAGCACCAGCAGCAACAACAGUAGCAGCAGCAGCAGCACCCACCCCAUCCCCUGCAGCCACGCCAUCGCCAGCACCCAACACAUCUGAUGCAGACGCUGCAGACGCACGCACGCUAGCGGAGGGCGGCACGCUGCUCCAGCCCCCGCCCGUCUCCCUCGAGACCGCGCCAGCCGGCCCCAGCGCCGGCGCAGCCGGCGCAGCCCCCGCCUCCGCCGCCUCCGCCGCCUCCACCGUCGUGCCCGCCACAGCCGCCUCCGCGACCUCGUCCGUGCCGGCGCCAGCCGGCAGCGCCGCCGCCACGGCCAGCUCCUCCACCACCGCCGGGCCUUCUCAGGCCGCGGGCACCACCGGCCUGGGCGCCAGCGCCAUUCACACGGGCGGCACGGGCAUGGGCACGGGCAUGGGCAUGGGCAUGGGCAUGCCGGGCAGCGACGCCGGCAGCUUCAUGACGCUGGGCGGCGGCCAGCUGCCGGCGGACGGCAGCGGCACCAACCCGGCCACGGGCGGCGGCGGCGUGCAGCCCAGCGGCUUCCAGUGCAUGGCGGCGGCGCUGCUGGCCAAGGAGGUGGCGCAGCUGUCCUGGGUGGGACACGGAGGCUACGGCGCCGUGUACAAGGGCGUGUGGCAGGGCGCCAACGUGGCCGUCAAGUUCACGGUGGCGGACUACCUGGACUUCGCGGGCGCCAGCGCACACGAGGCGGUGCUCAGCAAAAUGCUCAGCCACCCCAACGUGGUCCAGACCUUCGCCAGCCGUGUGGCGCUUCUGGACGAGGGCUUCCUGCGCUCCGUGUUCGACGGCGACACAAACUUCCCCAGCCGCGAGCUGCCGGUGGACUCGUUCCGCUCCGGCGAGGGCUUCGGCUCGCCCUACGGCGUCAACACCAGCAUGAAGUUCAAGGACGUGCUCACGCACAUCGGUGCGCGGCCGGGGCACUACAUCACACAGAUGAUCAUGGAGUACUGCGACCGCGGCUCGCUGCACCAGGCCAUCGCCAAGGGCCUGUUCAAGAGCAGCAGCAAGUGGAACAACAAGAUCGCGCUGAGGGCGCUGCUGCGCACGGCCCGAGAGAUCGCGCAGGGCAUGAGCCACCUGCACGCCUGCCGGGUGGUGCACGGCGACCUCAAGCCCGGCAACGUGCUGCUCAUGUCCAGCCGCGCCGACCGCCGCGGCUUCACGGCCAAGGUGUCGGACUUCGGGCUGUCCACCUACUGCAUGGCCAGCCACACCAGCGUCACGCGCUGGAGCACCGUGUCGUACAUGGCCCCCGAGGCGUUUGAGGGCCACCUGACCAUGGGCUCCGACACCUUCAGCUUCGGAGUGCUGCUGUGGGAGAUGUACACAGGCCAGCAGCCGUACGCGGGUCUGCAGGCGGCGCAGAUCGUAAUGGGCGUGCAGGCGGGACAGCUCAGUCUGGAGUGGCCGCCCGACAGCGACGCGCGCAUCCAGGAGCUGGUGGAGAGCUGCAUCGCCAGGAACCCGGCCGCCAGGCCCACCUUCCUGCAGCUGAUCCACCAGCUGACUCAGCUGGAAGCCCUCAUCCGGCUGGAGGCGCCCGCCACUGACGGCGGAGCCAGCGAGACACGCGUGCCGCUCCUAUCGCCGCCCUCGGGCAACGCACCCGCCGCGUCGCCACCCGGCGCCGGCUCCACCGCCGCCGCCAGCGCCGCCAGCACUCUCAGCCUAGCCUCACCAGCCAGCAGGACGCCGACGCUACCGCCAACGAACGGCGCGGGGUCGCCGCCGAAGCCGCCAAAGCCUCCGGCGGCGGCGCCGGCGGCGCCGGCACCCCAGCCCGAGCUGCCGAUGCUGACGCCGCCGCCGCUGCCGCCGGGUGAAGAGCCGGCGAUGUCGAUGCUGACGCCGCCGCCGCUGCCGCCGGGCGAAGAGCCAGCGAUGUCGAUGCUGACGCCGCCGCCGCUCCCUCCGGAUGAGGAGCCAGCGCCCUUCGCCAUGCUGACGCCGCCGCCGCUGCCGCCCGACGAGGAGGCGGAGCUGCUGGCGGCGGCGGCGGCGCGUGCGGCGGCGGCGGCGCGGGCGGAGGACGUCAAGGUGCAGGUAUAGGGCGGCCGCUGUCGCGCUAUGGUACCCGGGUUGCCGCCUGCCAGUGAUUUGGCUCGACGGCGGAGCAGGACGGAUGCGUAUCCCCCGCCCGCAUCUGCGUGACAGUCUGGGUCGUCUUGCGAGGGCCGGCUGCGAAUGCGGCCGAUACAAGGAGGCGAUGCGGUGCGGCUCGAGCAGGGGAGCCGGAUUAGGAGUGCGGGUUGCGGGUGCACGCACACAUUUGCAAUGUCGCGGACAGAACUGUUCGAGAUCCAUGCAGGCGCGUGAAAAGGAAGGGCGUGGACGCGGCGGACGAGGACUGCUGGCGAGACAAUGCGCCCUGCUGCUUAGACGGUUGCGACUGCGACUGCGACUGUCUCAGCGCCGUGCGCAUUGCUUGCUACGUACGCAUGUGCCUGCCUGUCCCGUGGGGCCGCAUUAUGCCACGCACAUGUUUUUAAGUCACCCGUGUUUCAACGAGGGCGCGAGGUGGUGCAGAACUACGGCCAAGAAGCAGAACUGCUAAAGAUUUUUUUGGGUGGAUGCCUCUUGAUGACGUGACGUCGCACACAGUUGUGGCUGCAAACGGAAGGCCGCUUGUGUGCGGACAGCUCACGGGUUUGAACGGAUGUGGGAUCAUGUCGCACCCGCAGCCGUGUGCGUCCGGAGUGCUGCGCGCUGGGGUGGCGAGGUUGAAGGGCACAGAGGGUGUGCGGCAAGGUUGGUAAGAGGGGGGAGGGGGCGAGGAGGCGGCAGGGGGUUGUGGGGGUGAAGGAAGCGGUGCGGCCGGGCACACUGCCAUAGGAAGGCAUGGGAACGGAGGCCCGGGAGGCAUGGGGUCUGCUGGCGUUAGGGUGGUGGUGGCGUUUGUGUUGACGUCAUGGGCAGAAGAAUGGUUUGCGUUGCGUGCAUUCGCACGGGCUCUGUAGCUGUGCCGACAAAUGGCGGGAUUCACGGGAUAAUUAUUUAUGGCAGCAGUGCAGUUGGCGGGCUUCACGGGACGGAGGUGCGAUCGGUGCGGACUCGGCGUCGUGCGGCAAACGGUCGUCCGUUACGAACCGGUCGUCGCUGCAAACACUGGGAUGAGCUUGGCACGCAGCGUCCUAGUUCGGAGGUAUUGCGGCGGCGGCGGUGUCACGGAAUGUGCACGUGCAUGGGGAGUCCUGCAUGCGGAGGUGCGGAGGGGCUGGCCGCUGCGAAUGGAGUCCGCGAGCGCGAUGGUGUCGAGAGCGAAAUGCAUCUACGUGGGAGGCUGCGUGUCCGAGCGGCGGGGGCAGGGUGGCAGGGGCCCAGAGGGUUUUCGAGAGCGCCCAUGAAACGCCGGCUGCAUCUUUUCAAUCGGCAGUAUGGGUAUGUGGGGCCGCCACGCCGCCAGCGCCCCAGCCCGGCUGUCCGGGCACCGCCGCUCUGCCGAUGGGAGGCCUGCAUUGCACACAUGACUCAUUAUGCCAGCGCGUCGACCGCGCUUUUUUAUUCUAACUGGGGUAUUGAGCAUUGCCAAGAAGGCGCACGGACGUAGGGUGCACGAUGGACACGGGUGGUGUGCGGCAAGGUCGAAGCAAGGGCGUCAGAACUGCAGGUUUGCGGGGAAAGCGAAGCGGGGGUGUUGGUGGUUCAUUCCAGAACCCGAAGCAAGCCAACCGAGUGAACCCAAACCCGCCAUCCCAGCCAUGGGGGCUGCCCACCGCGGCAGCGGGCCCCAUGUGCUGGCGAUCACAACACAGGUGGGCCGUGGUGCGUGUGAUGAUGGAAGUGCUGGCGUGUUGGGGGAGGGGGGCGGGGGGCAGUGGCAAGGCGCAUAGGCCCCGCUGGCUGCUGCCUGUCUAUGUGCCUGUGUGUGUGUGUGUGUGUGUGUGUGUGUUGGGGGAGGGGGGCGGGGGGCAGUGGCAAGGCGCAUAGGCCCCGCUGGCUGCUGCCUGUCUAUGUGCCUGUGUGUGUGUGUGUGUGUGUGUGUGUGUGUGUGUGUGUGUGUGUGUGUGUGUGUGUGUGUGUGUGUGUGUGUGUGUGUUGGUCGCCCCGCCCCCGCUUCCUCCACUCGGUAGCGUCGCGUGCAUGUGUGUGUGUAUGUGUGCGCGCGCGCGUGUGGUGUGUGUGCGUGUGUGUGUUAUGUGGUGCCAUCUGCUGCCGGGUGGCGCUUUGGUCGCACGCGUUUCGCUUCACAGCAUGUCGCGCCGUCCACGUGUGUGGGCCAAGGUGUGGGCUGUGACGUGGCAUCCGCUUUUGGAGGACAGACGCUUUGUUUCAAGCGGACGCGAGGAGCAACGCUUUUUGUGGGCGCUGUACCGUUGGACGUUGAGGGUGGCAAGAGGUAAAGGCGUCGAGGUGUGGACAAGUGUUCCCCGGU